AUUAAGUCAGGAUUUUUUUGAUAUGCCUCAAAAGCCUGCUGAAAAGAAACCUGUUGCUGGUAAAGGUUUUUCGGGGAAAGUACCUUUGGAAAAAAGAAAUGUUUCGGAUAAGCUGCAUUCUGAUAGAAAAAAGCGUUUAAAAAGUCGGAAAGAGACUUAUUCUUCUUAUAUUUAUAAGGUUUUGAAACAAGUUCAUCCAGAUACGGGUAUAUCUAAUAGAGCAAUGUCUAUUCUUAACAGCUUUGUAAAUGAUAUUUUUGAACGUAUCGCUUCUGAGGCUUCAAAACUUGCUUCUUAUAAUAAAAAAUCGACUAUUUCUUCACGCGAAAUUCAAACAUCUGUUCGUUUGAUACUUCCAGGUGAACUUGCGAAACAUGCAGUGUCUGAAGGGACAAAGGCUGUAACAAAAUAUUCGUCAUCUAGCAAGUAGAAAAUAUAUUUGCAUGAAUU